AUGUCUGAUCUUAGAAAGGGAGUUAAGCUUCCUCCUGGUGAAAACAAGAAUGAAUGGAUUGCAGUAUCUACUGUUGAUUUUUAUAAUCAACUCUCUUUCAUACUCAACCCACUUCUUGAUUUUUGUAAGGAAGAAACUUGCCCAGAAAUGAGCGCAGGUCCUGGAUUUAAAUAUUUAUAUCAGAAAAUUAAUACAAAGGAUAAACCAAUCACUCUUUGCGCAAGAGAAUAUAUAUGCCGCGUAAUGGAAGAAACGGAGGAGAUUAUUGAGAACGAAAGUAUAUUCCCUCCGGACACAGAUGUUCCUUUCCCUAAGAAUUUCAUUGAAAUAGUCUCAAAAGUAUUCAGGAGAUUAUUCAGAAUUUACGCGCACUUAUACCAUCAUCAUCUUGACGAUAUACAAAAAUGCCAAAUUCAAGAGCAAGUCAAUCGCUCAUUUAGAUACUUUAUUUUCUUCGCUCAGGAGUUUGAAUUAAUUCCACAAGAGCAACUUGCUCCUCUUGAAUCUAUCAUACAACAAUUAUAA